UAAAAAAAAAUACAUAAACAAAUCUAAAAUGAAAUUAUUAUUAAUCGUAGCCUGCACACUGGCAGUAGCCUUUGCUAUGCCAGAACCACCGAAAUCACGUUAUGGACCUCCACCAGCACCUGCACCACAGAAGGAAUAUGGUCCUCCACCAGUGCCAGCUGAAGAAUAUGGACCCCCUCCAGCAGAAAUACCAGCACAACCUUUGCCAAUUUAUGGUCCACCUGCGCCUUUUUAUGGUCCCCCCGUACAAGAAGCUAUAGUAACGAAAAAUGUUUACGUGCAUGUACCACCAGCGGAGCCAGAAGUUUAUCCAGCCUCAGCACCAAUACAAACUGCUACACCUAAAAAACAUUACAAAAUUAUUUUCAUUAAGGCACCAAGUCCACCAGUACCAGUACGUCAAGUAUUACCACCACCUGUACAGGAUGAACACAAAACACUUGUAUAUGUUCUUGUGAAGAAACCUGAAGAACAACAACCAAUUAUCUUGCCUUCGCCAGCACCAACUGAACCCAGUAAACCAGAAGUUUAUUUCAUCAAAUAUAAACAACAACAGAAACCUGCGCAACAAUAUGGUCCACCACCACCACCACCAGCUGCGGAGUAUGGUCCACCUCAGGCGGAGAAAUUUUAAAAAAUUCUUACCUAGCUUAAGUGUUAAACUCCAUUUCCUUUGUAAAUAAUUUCCUGUUGCUAAGAGUGAAGUU